AUGGAAUCCUUCCCCCUAGCCAACCAAGACUCAAAUUUCUCGUUGAACUCAUCUUUUAGUUCAAGCUCCAACCCAAUCCUCAGCACCUCGACCAGCCUGGUCUAGAAUGGCUUUGAUGGAGUCUCAACUCAAAGCUCAACAAUUAUUCAGACCCAAUCAGUAAGCUCAAACUCAAAUAUUGUUUCAAUGAGUUCCACUGUUAAUUCCACCCCAGUUCUGAGAAAGCAGCACUAAAGCAUCAAGAAAGAACCAGAGGAUGAAGAAUUAAUCCUGGCCCGCUCCAUAUUCAUAAAAAAUGUUGACUACUCUACUAAUAAGAGAGACCUAGAGGAUCAUUUCAAGGAUUGUGGGUCAAUCACGAGAUGCAAAAUUGCCACUGACAAGGCAACUGGCUAGCCUCUAGGUUAUGCUUACAUUGAGUUCGCUACCAAUGAAGGAGCUCAACGCUCAAAGUUGUUAAAUGAUAGUCUAUUUAAGGGCAGACAAAUAACUGUUAUGGAGAAGAGAAAGAACAAGCCUGGAAUGGGCAAGAGUGGAUACAAGCAGCAGAAGAUGCUGAUGUAGAACUAGCAUGCCACUUAGAUUCUAGCAUAGGCAGUGAGUGCCGCCCUCUCUGGAAACCUGAUGGGUAAUUUGUUGACAACUGGUUUGAUGGGAAGAGGCAGAGGGCUUCCCAAUAUGAGAGGAGCAAACGCCUUCAAGAGAGGCGGUGGAGGCAGAUUCAGGCCUUAUUGA